UAAUUAUAUUUAUAAUCAUUACAGAUUCCACUAAUCUUCGUCUUAUAAACCAUGCAUCAUCAUCAAUCAUCAUGCCUCCAUUCUUUCUUCUUGCCGGCUAAUUCACGCAUUAUUUAUUUCCAAUUUUUCUUUAUUAUUUUUCUCUUCUAUACUUAUUAGUAUUCCUUGGCUAUAUAUAUAUUUUCUACAAAUGCAGUCCCAGGUAAUUUUUUCUUAUAUAAAGUAUAUUUUUUACAUAUAUUUUAUUUGUUUAAUUUAUGUUAUUUUAAGAGAAAAUUGAAGUAUUAGGAGGCACCGCCAAGUAUUGAAGUAAGAGGGAGUAAUAAUAAGUAAUAAAAAUGAAGAAGUUGAAGGCAGAGACAUUAUGCAGCAGAAUCAUGUUUUUCUUAGCACUCCAAUUUUGUUUUAUGUUCAUCAUCAAAACUUCUAAUACUAUUCAUCAAGAACAUAAAACAUGGAAGGCAACAAAGCUAAUGAGGAGCCUAGUACCAUCACCAAUUUAUUCGCUAUCGGACCACCAUGAAGAUGCUACUAAACCGAGCUUAAAGAUGUCCUUAACACCCACUCGACAUUUAUCUAGCAAUCCAAACCUCGUCCAACCAAAAAUUUUUUGUGAUCGAUCCCAUCGACUUUACGAUUGGUGCCAUCUAAAACAUCCCACCAUAUUGCAACCAGAACGAGCUACAUUCUUUACUAGAUCAUCCACCACCACCUCAAUAUCCGACCCACCUAUAAUAGAAAAACUUCGCCCUUACCCUCAAAAAACCAACAAUAAAACAAUGUCUAACAUCCGCGAGAUUAGACUAACCACAGAGUUAUCGAACGUUUCUUGUACAAUUUUUCACAACACACCGGCUUUAGUAUUCAGCAUUGGUGGCUUCACAGGCAAUUUUUUCCAUGAUUUUAAUGAUGGUUUUGUGCCACUUUUUAUCACUAUGAACACCUUAUUUCCAAAUCAAGAAGUUACCCUAGUCAUAACAGACUAUACUGAAUGGUGGUAUGGUAAAUAUGAGGCUAUACUUCCACAAUUUUCAAACUAUCCUAUUAUAAACCUUGACAAUCAAACAGUUACACAUUGUUUUUCAUCUGUUGUAGUGGGUCUAAUAUCUCAUGGACCCAUGACUAUUAACCCUUCUCUAAUCCCACACCAAAAGAGCUUCCUCGAUUUUCGAGUUUUGCUAGAAGAAGGGUAUCGAAAAUGUUUGGUAUGGCCUCCGCCCAAGAUCAAGGGUCGGCCAAGGCUUGUGUUGGUGAGUCGAGCAGGGGAUGUUGGACGAGUUAUACUUAAUCAAGAUAGUGUUAUAAAGGCAGCUCAAGACGAAGGGUUUGAUGUGGUGGUUUUCGAGCCAUCAGCCUAUACUUAUCUAUGUGAUGUUUAUCGACUGAUCAAUGGUAGCCACGCGAUCAUGGGAGUUCACGGAGCUGCCCUUACGCACUCCCUCUUCCUUCAGCCAGGUGCAGCGUUCAUUCAAGUUGUGCCACUUGGUGGCGACUGGUUGGCUAAGACUUACUUUCGGAAUUUAGCUAAGGGGAUGAAAUUGGAGUGCAUGGAGUACAAGAUUGAGGUAGAGGAGAGUAGUUUGCUACAAAAAUAUGGAAAAGAUCAUGUAUUUAUACGCGAAUCAAAUUCGAUUGCUAGUAAAAAUUGGACUGCAUUGCAUAAUAUUUACCUAAGAAAACAAGAUGUUCGAAUCGACAUAGCACGAUUCAGGGGAUGUUUGAAGAACGCUUAUUCUAAGGCCAAGAAAUUGAUGCAGCACCAAGGUUUACACGUAAAACGUCGCUCGAAAAUCAAGAGAUUUAUUAGGCCACCAGUCUUCAGUUAUACAUAUGGUGUUGGGCAAGAGUAAACAUGCUUUUGGCAUAAUAUUGGAUAUGAAGGGAGUAGAGACAAAGGUCUAUAGUACUACAUGUAGGAAGUCAAUUUGUUUAAUUAUAGUCUAAUUUUUGUGAUAUAAAGAGAUGGGUUAUAAUUUAUGAUGCAUAUAGAGUAAAGGGUAUGUAUUUUACAACAACUCCAAUGUAGAAUUCUUUUAUUUUUCAAUUAACAAAAUAGAAAAAGUUUUUGUGAAUUCAUAA